UCCGAAAAAUGUUGUGGGUCAAAGAAUGAGAAGUGUUUGAUGCAUUCCAGCUGGACCCUCGGCGCCAUGCCACUCGUCUUACGGAUGUUAUCCCGAGGUCAAUGAAAGCACAUUCUCUGAAAAUCUGUGAAGUGCAGGAAUAACACCGAAGCCACUACGUAGAGUAGUGGCAACCCUCUACGAUGAGAGUAUAUAGCUCGCUCGCCCUGGCAUGCUGCAUUGUUCGCUUUUGGAGGUGUGGACCCACAGACGUACACAGUCUGUGUUGACCCCCCGCCCUGGCCGCACACGGCGCUAUUGAAUUUUUGUUCUCUUCCUCGUUCGCGACGUCGAAUUUGGCGCUGUGGGUCCCGUCGACGCCCCUCAAAUGGACAGGCGCAUAGGUGGGCGUCCCCCGACGCGUACGUCGGCAGCACGACACGCUUCUCUCUCUCCAUCGUCGCGAUCUAGUUAUCGUAGCUACUCUCGCUCUCGUUCGCCAUCACCAGAUAUAUCCAGUGACUCUGCUCGCUAUUCCGCCCGUCGCCGCCUCUCGACUUCUCCUCUGAGGCUUCGUAGUGCUCAAGAGGAGGCUUACUUCGCCAUACAAGCCGCACGAGAGGAACGUUUAGCGAAUUCUAUUCUCGCUGAUGACUCGCCCUACAUUCCACCAUCUGCUCGAGGACCGCGACCACCCCAACGCGCUCAGCAAGCUACCCAGAGACCAGAAUGGCAGGGAAGGGAUAGUAAUAGGCAGCAUGUAGCGAGUGCACCCUCCGCACGGGAGUAUCAACAUCCGGUAGCCGCCCGGGGUGACCGUGGUCGAGGGGUCCGUCGUGACGAUAGUCGAAGGAUGGUCGGGAGUGACGGUUCAAGCUCUGAGAGCGAUGACAAUCACCCGGGUGGCACUGAUGCCCAGAGACAAAUUGCAGCAUCGAGUGCUGGUAGGGAGCGGCCUGAACGCAGGCACUCUAUUGGCGUUAAUACCUCCAGGAGACGCAAUCGUGACGAGGAUGUCAUCCUGGCUGAUGACGAACCCUAUAACGCACCGCCAGCCACUGCUUCGGCAUUCAAUCGCGAACGUUAUCCAGCUUAUGACCAGAAUGCUCGUAGGAUCGGUUUAGAUCAUAUUCGCUACACGAAACCAUCCCUGCGAGCCAACCAGAACGAUAAUGUCCCGCCUCACUACCUUCCACGCACACAGUCAUACCCUACUGGUGCCGACAAUGGUGAACAAGCAAUGUCUGUCGAUUCUCCUGGAUCUCAACCACGGCGUGCCAUUCGAACGCCACCACCGCUCGCACCUGAUCCCGCCGAUGAGAUCGAUCAGCUCGCUGGAGAAACUGAUCGCCAUGGAACUGGUAACGAUGCUCAUGGGCCUGGUCGGAGACGUUCACCCAGACGUGCCGCUCCUCUUGCCGAUGCAGCGGACAUCCCUGACUCUACUCCUCAUGUCCGCGAGUUGCUUGGACUCAGACCUGAUCAGGAGGUCGGGUUACAUGCUCUUGCAGACCCUCCACCUGGUGAGAAACCCACAUACCCCUAUCCUCUUCUCAUCCAGUUGGCCAUCUUGGGUAGUCCUAAGAAACGUUUGACGCUGGCAGAGAUCUAUUCCGCUAUUGAGGAUCGUUUCGAUUGGUUUAAGAAGACUUCAGACAAGGCAUGGCAGGGUUCUAUCCGACACACCUUAUCUCUCAAGUCUAUCUUCCGUUCUGUCUCAAGACCUAUCACAGAACCAGGCAAGGGUAAUUACUGGAUGGUCGAUCACAGACAGGGUGACGGAAACAAGCGUGCUCGCAAACGCAAUCCACGACCUAAGAAGGUGGAGCGCAGUAUUGCGAAGCCACACGUCGAAGUCAUGAGGCGUGAGGAAGAAGAGACCACACCCACCGAUGAUGAUUAUGACUCUGACUUGAUGCCCAUGGAGGAUCCCAACAUCGAUCCACAGCUGAGAGGUCAUGGCUAUAUGGGACCCAGAGGCUACCCCAGAGGUAGUAAUGCAUUCACGUUCGACAGCCAGGCAGGCCAGAAUGGCCAUGGUCGAGCUAUUGCUGUUCCUUUCACGCCUUCCGUCAUUAAUUCUGCUGGACUUAUGGCUCGCGCGAAUCAACCCGCUUUCGGUCAGCCAUCUCUGGGGAUGAACAAUCGGUCUACAUCUACGUAUCAGUCCCCAUUCGGUCAGUUGACUUCUGUCAACCAAGCAACGUUUGGUCAAUCUUCGUUCGGACAGCCUCAGGGCUCCAAUCAGUCCCGUUACAGUCCCGCUUCUUCGGCUCCAUCUCCUCCUCUUUCGACUAUCUCGUCCACUAGCAGGCAGUCUUCCGUGUUCUCUGCGGGUUCACCACAAGCGUUCGCCUCUUCCGCCGCUAACCAUCGCGGUCCACCCUCCAGACAGACCAUACCCCGAGCAGGCAAUGAGCGUGGUCACAAUCCAUUUGGAUUACGCCAUGUCGGACCUACUCAACGUGCUUGGCACAAGUCUGCUGGAAGGAUGGAUGAUACAUCGUCUGGCGACUCUGACUAUUCCGAUUUAUAAGGUCGAGGAAGUCAAUAUACCCCAACGAAGCGUUUUGUAGCGCAGAAUCUCUGAAUGAAGUACACCUGUUUUUUCCUCUAUCUACGAAUCAUGUCUGGUCUUGCUUUCACGGUUCUUGCUGUGAAACUACCUGGCAUUGUGCGCUCUUUUCCUCCAUCUCCAAGCUUUGCUCACUCAUUAACCACAAAUACACGUCUCGUUCCUUAGUUUAAUCGUUGAUUACAUGCUUUGACUAUAUGCCCAAUGUGCACCUGCUAUCGAAAAUGAAAACGCAUCGAAUCACUCAUAGACCAUGUGGGAGGAUAUGAUCGUCAUUGAUAGAACAAGGUAACCAAGGACCGAGAACAAGGUAGCUAGGGACAAGGAGCAAAAAAGUAACUCUGCCCAUCAAAUGAUAUGAACACAACAUCUCGACCACCAAGACAAACUAAUCAGGUGAGACAAAGCCAGGGUACGCAGGAAAGAAAGUACGAUAGCGGUUGUCGGACAGCAAAGGGACCAAAUGGUCAUCAAUGGCGCUAAUCGGUGUCGAAAUAUGUUGGAAAUCACAAAGCAUUCUUCUCCAGAACAAUGAAUCCGUGCCAAGCAUCAAUGGGUCCUCCUCGCCUUCCUGAUCCUCCUCGGUUUCGGGCUCUACAUCUUCUUCUUGCCAACGGGCGACCGGGGACAAACAAACGACCAUAUCGGACACAGCAGCUCGGCUAGGGUCGCGAUAGAACUGAUCUCGCGUAUUGGCGCCGCGGGUCCGGAUGAAUUCAAAACUCUCCGAUGUCAUUGUAAAAUCAUCCUCACCAGACUCGGAUGUCGUGAGUAGAGGUGAAAAGCGAGGAGUAUCGAGGCCACAGGACGGUGGUGUGUGAAGUGCAUGUCUCUUCAGCGAUCUUCCGGACUGCCGUUUCUCCGCACGUUGUUUACGGGGCGAGAUGACGGAGGCCGCUCUGCGCUUCCAUUCAGAUGUGUAUGGCGGAGAAGUGGGAUUGGAAUCGUGUCGAAACAACCUGUGUAGCACGGUCAUGAUUGGGAUCAUAUUCUGGAUAACAUGAUAUCAGAUUUCGACCAGAAUGGUUCAGAAUAAUACAUACGCUAAUCGGACCGUCGCACAAAACAAAUGAAAAAUGAU